UAAAGGGAAGCGGAGAGAGAGGGAUGAAAGACAGAGAGAAUUGCACUCAUUCAUUCAUUCACUCGUUUGUGUGACUCUCAAGACUUAAGACAAAGAAGAAGCAUAGGAAUUGGCAACAAAUAACAACACAGAUGCAAGAUCCACCACCAACACCACCACCUCCAAACUCCGCUUCCCACUUACCUCCACCGGCCCCCUCCACCGCCGCAACUUCCUCAGCCUCCUCACUCUUCGUUCGCUCCGCCGCCAAUGGCCACCGCCGAGCUCACUCCGAGGUCAGUUUCCGCUUACCUGACGACAUGAUGGACCUCUCGCCGUCGGAUCCAUUCACCGGCGGCUCCUCCACGGCCAGCCUCGACGAGAUCGGAUCGGAGGAUGACCUGUUCACGACGUACAUUGACGUGGACAAGCUCGGGAAUGGCUCGGGCGGAUCCGGAAACGGAUCGGAUCCGAUUGGUAACGGUACAGAAUCGGAGAAGGCGGUUCCGAGGCCGAGGCACAGGCACAGUAACUCUGUGGAUGGUUCUACGACGUCGUUUGGGGAGAUCAUGGACGCUAAGAAAGCUAUGCCUCCUGAUAAGCUCGCUGAGCUUUGGACCAUUGAUCCCAAGCGUGCUAAGAGGAUACUUGCAAAUAGGCAAUCUGCUGCUCGAUCAAAAGAGAGAAAGGCUCGCUACAUUCAAGAACUUGAGCGCAAAGUUCAGACUCUUCAAACUGAAGCCACAACCCUUUCUGCCCAGCUGACACUAUACCAGAGGGACACAAAUGGUCUGAGUACUGAAAACACAGAGCUUAAGCUCCGCCUGCAAGCGAUGGAGCAACAAGCACAACUUCGUGAUGCUCUUAAUGAGGCACUGAAGAAAGAAGUCGAGAGGCUUAAGGUUGCCACUGGCGAAAUGAUGAGCCCCACUGAGUCUUUUAACCUUGGAAUGCACCAGAUGCCAUUCACAGGAGCAAAUUUCUUUCCGAUCCCACCCCAAUCAGGUCCUUCUGAUCACCAGAACAUGCAGUUGCCACCAUUUGCUCACGCCCCAUCUAGCAUGCCAACGCAUCAACUACAACAAUCAAGUUCUCAUCCACUCUCGGAAAUAAUGCAAAAUCAUAUGCAGGGACUCGACAUCAACAGCAAGGGACCAACUACGGUGAAGUCCGAAGGCCCAUCAAUUUCUGCAAGUGAGAGUAGCACUACAUUCUGAAUUUAACACAAAUUGCUUGACCUGCUGACUUUUAUCCAUGGCAUCAUUCAUUGUUUAUAGUGUUGACAUCUAGUCAACUAAUGAAGGUACUCUAUUUCAUUAAAUCUUCCAUUCAGAUUCAAGGGUUAAUUCUUGAUUAUUUAUUCUUAGGGAUGCUCCCCAAAAAGGGGAAGCACCUUUCGGGUUUUGUUGCCAAGUUCGUGCAAUCGUGUUUCAGCUUGGUGUUCAGUGUUUCUGGUUUCUGGAACAGUGGGAGUGCUAGGUUACUCUGUGUAUGUUGGGAUGUAUAAAUGAUCCCCCCUAGUCAUUUUGUAUCAUUAUUGUAUCAUCAUCAUCAUCAUUCAAAUGAUAGCAUGGAAGCUCUGAUUCAUUGUUGUGUUUUUAGUUCAUGGUACCAAGUAAGGACUUGGGUUCUUUCUAUGAUGUUUAGUUACCGAGUUAAGUUUUAGAUUUAUUAUUCAUAGUUUUGUUGUACAAUUUCAGUGUUUUAGAGACCAAUUGUACUACGCUUAUCCUAAAAUCAGACCUUUCAUGAA